AUGGCGGGAACUGACGGUUAUACCAUGGGGCUCGUCAGCGUCACGCCCAAACCAGUUGGUGCGAGCGUCACAGUCUUGGAAGCUGUCGGGAAGACUGUGGUCAGCGCGUUCAUGCUCAUCUUUGGCACCGUUGGAAACUCCUUGAUUCUUAGCGUGUAUCGGAGAAAACUGCAGAAGACGAGUACCCACAUACUCAUCAUGGGACUAGCAGGUGUGGAUUUGGGUGUCUGUUUGAUGCGAAUCCGGAAUCUGGCCAAGUUUGCUUACGUCUUAUCUGGGAAACCUAUCCCAGAUAUCGUGGAGUAUCCUUUUGUUCUACUAGACGUCAUUCUUCUUGGUUGCUCCUCAUUGUUGAUGGGUAUCAUCGCCUUGGAUCGCUAUGACAGCGUCUGUCGACCACACAGGCGAAUUUUCAACAAACUCCGUGCCAAACUGGCAAUCCUGGCCAGUCUUGUGUUCAUGUUAGCACUCGCGCUGCCGAAUUUUAUGACUAAAAACAACCCCACCGUCAAUAUUCAGAGAUACACCUUGGUGCUGCAGGUGAUUGACUACGUCAUUCCGUUACUGAUGGUCAUCGUGUGUUACGGUAGAGUGUAUAUUGCCAUUCGGAGACAGGCAAGGGUGGGUUGGGUGGGUUCUGGUCGAGUAGGGAGGAAAGUACGUAACCUAUCGGCUAUCAGUCCAAACAUUCACUUUAGAGUUGAUGAGGUUGACAGACAUGAGAUGAAAGUUACUUCCUUCUGCAACGAACUUCAGUUAAAUGAUGGAGCAUCAACAUCCGCAAAUCAACAAACAACACGUGAAUCGCAGGGACCUGCACGUGAAGUGUCCAGAAAGAAAGCUACCAAGAGCACGAACCGUCUCACAUUUUCAGUGAAAAGUCACGAUCAAAAGUGGGCUGACAAACCAAUCGCCCCAAAACGCAUCCGGUGGCGGGAGCCUCCAUCUAGUAUCCUGCCUCCCAUGAGGGCCUCCGGGCAGAAGAAAGUCACCCGAAUGCUGUUCAUCACCAGUGUGGUGUUUUUGCUGGCGUGGCUGCCCUAUUGGGUCUACGUCGCCAUUGAACUCUUCCGUCAGGACGGAGGGAAGUUAGACGACGGCGUUUUGCCCGCCUUAGCGGUCGUUUCAAUGUUCAUUCCCCUGAAUAGCACAGUCAAUCCUAUCAUUUAUGGACUAGCUAACCGGGGAUUUCGGCAAGAUUGUAAGAAUUUGUUCAAGAAGCUGAGACUCUGCUGA